ACAGCUAGAAUGUAGACAUAACAAGACGGCGGAGGAGCUCCUCACAGUUAAAGCUCGAAGCUGAGACGACACAGUCAUGCUGCUGGUGUUUAGAGCUUUGCUGGUUCUGGGUUUGGUGUCGCUGCUGCACGCCGCCAAGAGGCCAAGAGGCCGGGCGGUGUCGGUGAGGUUGGGUCAGGGUGGUGGACCGAGGGGCAAGAUUGUGAGACUGGUCAUGGAUCCCUCGGUGCUGCCCAUGUUUUCCAAUGGCUCUAGUUGGUCCAUCGCCAACAUGUCGCUGUCGCCGUGGACGUACAGAGAGUCUUGUGUGACGUCUCGCUUUCCCCGACGGAUCGCUAAGGCCCAGUGUCUGACCUCCGGCUGUCUGAACCUGCAGGGUGAAGGAGAGGAUGCAGCUCUGGAGGCCAAACCCAUCUACUAUCAGGCCCUGGUCUUCUACAAAGUCCCGAGGCCGAGUGGCUCCAACAAAACGGGGAAGAAGUCAAAGAGGGUGAAGUACGACCUGCGACUGGGGACGGAGAUGAUCCCGGUGGGCUGCACCUGUGUGAGGCCGAGCGUCGUACCGCAGCAGUAACAGAUUCGACGCCAUGAAGGCUGAUUUUAUCCGCACCAAGCUUGUAUUAAGCCAUUUUCUAACUUAUCACUGAUUCAGCUCGUGAAUAUUAAUAUUAAAGAGUCUUUAUUUUGACUGCUGUGACUUACUGGUGCCUUCAUGUUCCUGCUUUGUGCCGUGUAUUUCAAAAAGACACACGAAUCCAUUUAUCACUUUAUAACUUUUACUUAUUAGCUGUAAGUGCUUAAAUACACUGAUAGUAGCAAAAAGUUUCUUUCUGCCCCUAGUGGUGGAAAUGUGUUUAGUGCAGCUUUAAACACAUUUACUAGUAUUAUUAGGACAACUGAGUCCUAAAAGGGGUAUGAGUGGAGAUAUAUAUUUUAAUAUAAUAUACACUUUUGUUAAUUUGUGUGUUUUAUAUAUUGUUUCUUAUUUUAUUCCUUUUAUGUUUAGAUAUUUUAUACCAAUCCUGUUCUUAUUUUAUUAUAAUCAGCAAAACUAUUUUAUAAAAUGUAAACACAGGUGACAAAUUAAAAGACAAACCAACAUAAAGUGUCUUAACAACAACAGUUUUAAUGCUUCUUGCCCUCAUUUGGUGUUUUUGGACAUCUACAAGUCAGUCCAAAAUCUCCUGUAAGUGUUUAACUAGGUGACGGUGAAGGCCGUAACAUAUGAUUCAUCAUUUUCUUCAAACUAUUAAGUGAUGCAAGCGACCACACCCAACAGAGUAACAGUAAAAUGCCCCUACAGAGGUCACGGGGUCAAGUUUCUCCUUUAAUUUGUCACCCAUAUUGUAACUUUGACAUUUUAAUCAGCUGUGAUUUUUAAAAAAAUAUUAUAUUUUAUUAACCUAAAAGUGUGAAAAAUUUUCUUUAAAUAGAAAAAUUACAAGCUAAUAAAUGUAAGAAGAUGUUUUUCAUGGUAUUUUGUUGUUAUUAAAUGCUGUGGUGGGUCA